GCGGCAGCAGCUUGUGAAUGGUCCCCGCCUCUCCGGGGAGUUUCCUCCACGGGGAACUUUUACUUUAUGUGCAGCACCUGUUGUGUCGCCAGUCGGCCGUCUGCGCUUGCCAAACACUCGGAGCCACCUCAAGACAUUGAUUUCCUUCAGAAAGUUGGACGUGCAACGCAACAAGUGGCGUUUUACCCAGAAUCGGUCGCCUUACCCGAGUGGACUAAAGUGUUCGCAUGGGAAAGUCGAACACUUUGCAAACAAGCAAAGGCAGCUUCGCGUCUAAGCAGAUCUUAAAUUACAACCGUGCACGUUUCCAGCUGUCCUCUUGAACACUCGUGUUUAGGCGAACAGGUGUGCGCUCACUAAGUUAACAGCAAUUAAUGAUCUUUGCUCAGAUGCCUCUCGGGAAACUUUCCACAGAGAAGUUGUCGCUGUAGAGUCACUGCCCGAUCAGGAUUAUGUGGACUUUACUUUACGCGUGCCUCUUACAGAUGUGUCCAAAGUUGGAUACGCGUCUCACGAACAAUAUUUCUGCAUGGUGAUUGAAACAACACAUACUAAGUGCCUAAAAGCACCGACAGCCACCAUUAAUCCAAAUGAUUCCAAUGCUUCUCUUGAUUCUUAUAUCGUCUCUUCAUCAGCAUGAGUCGGUGGCGGAAUCGAGUCACAUCAGUAAGAUUCACCACGCCAGCACUAAAGAGCAAAAUGGAGUGCAUGAGUCUCGACACGAGAAGGUCCUCAGUGUUACCGGGGAUGGAAUUAUUCAAAGUCCUGAAUUCCCCAACACAUAUCCCCGGAAUACAGUUAUAGUGUGGCGGCUGGUGGCAGUCACAGAAAGUUCCAGGAUCCAGCUGACCUUUGAUCCGCGCUUUGGCCUGGAGGACGCCGAAGACGGCAUUUGCAAGUAUGACUAUGUAGAGGUGGAGGAGCCUGUUGGAGGGAUAGUGUUGGGUCGUUGGUGUGGCUCACAGAUGGUUCCAGGGCCCCAGAUAUCCAAGGGGAACCAGUUCCUGAUCCGCUUCGUCUCUGAUGAAUACUUUCCCUCAGACCCGGGAUUCUGCAUCCGUUACACUUUGCUUCAACAGGUUCUGAUGCUGAAACACAGGGCAGGGAGUCGGGGACUCCAAAAGACUCUAACGGAUGUCCCCCUGGAGCACCAUGAGGAGUGUAGCUGUGUGUGUAAAAAUGACUCUGACUAAAGCGGUCCCAGCAAGAGAGAGCUACACUGGCCCCCCACUGACUCACCCAGGGAAUAUGUCUUGUUUUGUGCAUAAAUGAGCUCGAGUUUUUACCCUGACGUUGCAAACUAAUGAAACCCAGCGCUGGAUAUCUUUUAAUCUUGACUUAUCUAAGCCUUCAGUUCCACUGGUUUUGGGCUCACAAAUCCAUAAAGAAUUGACCCAUGAAGAAGAGAGCGUGGAGGAUUUGGAGGAAAAUUGGACACGGUCUUGCUUGUCUGUGUGUGGAGGUUUGUGAGCAAUGUGCGUAUACAUUGGUGAGAGGUAAAUUGUGAUUUGUUGCAGGUUCAGAAAAUGAGGUAUUCAAGGAUAACUAGAAAGCCUUGCUAUUACUUGGGGGAACAUGUGGAUUUGGCAUGUUCUUUUACAUAAAUUAAAUAAUUAAAUUUCAAAGGACCUUGACUAUGCAUCCACUUUCAGUGAUCCAAGGACAUUUUUUGAGGUGACAUGAACAUUCUCCUCAAUAGCAUCCCAAAGAAAUUGACUAAACUGUCAUUAAGCCAGCAUUUCGUCGCCUAUACUCAUCUGUGAAAUGAAAUUAGACAUUUUCAUUAAUUAUUCUUACAAAAUAUUCCAGGAAAGAUAACGAUGUCCAUCUUUUUUUUAAACCAGAGCUCAUUAUAGACUCUUAUGAGAAUGACUUCAUUCAAGAGAGAACACUAAAAUACAAAAGUGAAUCUUGUGUAAAUACAUUUCAAAUUGUCCUUUGUCAACUUUUUCUAUGUCAUUAUUGUUUUUGGUAUGAAAAUUUUGGCAUGUAAGAAUAUUUUUUCCCCUUUCAUAAUCGCUGUAGUAUUUUCAGUGUUAGUCACCCUUUUGUAGAGAUAUUCAUACAUUUGUGUUGUUGUUUUAUAUUAAGAUCGUUAUUUUGACUGGAGACAAAAUAUUCUGAGAACUAUUAGAUGUUCAUGUAAAUAGACUUUUUAGAAGUUAAAGGGACAUAGAACUGCCAGUAACAUAUUCCACUACCAUUAAACGGUUAACUAAAA